AUGGGCUCCAUCAAUACGCCGGAACAACCCUCGGGUGUGCUGGCCCUGCUGGGCGAGGAGUGCUGGUUCCCCAAAACCCCGAACAAGUCCUUCAUUGGAGAAGCUGUGGACUACAAUGCCAGUGCCUGGCUGACCAAGAACAUGGACCCGCUGAAUGACAACGUGACUUCCCUCCUCAAUGCCUCCUCGGACAAGUUUGUGGCCGACCUGUGGAAGGACGUGGACCGCAUUGUGGGCCUGGACCAGAUGGCCAAGAUGACCGAGAGCUCACUGCCCAGCGCCUCCAAGACCAAGAAGGGCAUGUUCCGCACGGUGGGGCAGCUGUACAAAGAGCAGCUGGGGAAGCUGAUGACCACGUUGCGCAACACCACACCCAACUUUGUGCGCUGCAUCAUCCCCAACCACGAGAAGAGGUCGGGCAAGCUGGACGCCUUUCUGGUGCUGGAGCAGCUGCGGUGCAACGGGGUGUUGGAAGGCAUCCGCAUCUGCCGUCAGGGCUUCCCCAACAGGAUCGUCUUCCAGGAGUUUCGCCAGCGCUACGAGAUCCUGGCUGCCAACGCCAUUCCCAAAGGCUUCAUGGACGGGAAGCAGGCCUGCAUUCUCAUGAUCAAAGCCCUGGAACUCGACCCCAACUUGUACAGAAUCGGGCAGAGCAAAAUCUUCUUCCGAACGGGGGUCCUGGCCCAUCUGGAAGAGGAACGAGACUUGAAGAUCACCGACGUCAUCAUGGCUUUCCAGGCCAUGUGUCGCGGCUACCUGGCCAGAAAGGCCUUCGCCAAGCGGCAGCAACAGCUGACAGCCAUGAAGGUGAUUCAGAGGAACUGCGCGGCCUACCUCAAGCUGAGGAAUUGGCAGUGGUGGAGGCUCUUCACCAAAGUGAAGCCGCUGCUGCAGGUGACGCGGCAGGAGGAGGAGAUGCAGGCCAAGGAGGACGAGCUGCAGAAGACCAAGGAGCUGCAGAAGAAGGCGGAGAGCGAGCUCAAGGAGCUGGAGCAGAGGCACACGCAGCUGGCCGAGGAGAAGAGCCUGCUCCAGGAGCAGCUGCAGGCCGAGACGGAGCUGUACGCCGAGGCCGAGGAGAUGCGGGUGCGCCUGGCGGCUAAGAAGCAGGAGCUGGAGGAGAUCCUGCACGAGAUGGAGGCCCGCCUGGAGGAGGAGGAAGACCGGGGCCAACAGCUGCAGGCCGAGAAGAAGAAGAUGGCCCAGCAGAUGCUGGACCUGGAGGAGCAGCUGGAGGAGGAGGAAGCUGCGAGGCAGAAGUUACAGCUCGAGAAGGUCACGGCCGAGGCCAAGAUCAAGAAACUGGAGGACGAUAUUCUGGUCAUGGAUGAUCAGAACAACAAGCUGUCCAAAGAGCGAAAACUCCUCGAAGAGAGGAUUAGUGACUUAACCACAAAUCUUGCAGAAGAGGAGGAAAAGGCCAAGAACCUUACCAAGCUAAAAAACAAGCACGAAUCUAUGAUUUCAGAACUGGAAGUGCGGCUGAAGAAGGAGGAGAAGAGCCGGCAGGAGCUGGAGAAGCUGAAGAGGAAGCUCGAGGGCGAGGCCAGUGACUUCCACGAGCAGAUAGCGGACCUGCAGGCACAGAUCGCGGAGCUCAAGAUGCAGCUGGCCAAGAAGGAGGAGGAGCUGCAGGCCGCCCUGAGCAGGCUGGACGAUGAAAUCGCUCAGAAGAACAACGCUCUCAAGAAGAUCCGGGAGCUGGAGAGUCACAUCUCAGACCUGCAGGAGGACUUGGACUCAGAACGGGCUGCGAGAAACAAGGCCGAGAAGCAGAAGCGGGACCUGGGGGAGGAGCUGGAGGCGCUCAAGACGGAGCUGGAGGACACGCUGGACAGCACGGCCACCCAGCAGGAGCUCAGAGGGGACAAGCACGGGUCCCUGCACCUCCCUGACCGGAGGGGAAGGGAAGGAGGAAGAUCCACCAGUGACAGAGUUAGGUUCUUAACCCGCUUUCCUGGCCACAACUGUAAUGCCUUCCCUGCCCUGUGCUUCCCCGGCCAGGCCAAGGCCAACCUAGACAAGAACAAGCAGACGCUGGAGAAGGAGAACGCAGACCUGGCCGGGGAGCUGCGGGUCCUGAACCAGGCGAAGCAGGAGGUGGAGCACAAGAAGAAGAAGCUGGAGGUGCAGCUCCAGGAACUGCAGUCCAAGUGCAGCGAUGGGGAGCGGGCCCGGGCUGAGCUCAAUGACAAGGUCCACAAGCUGCAGAAUGAAGUGGAGAGUGUCACAGGGAUGCUCAACGAGGCUGAGGGGAAGGCCAUAAAACUGGCCAAGGAUGUGGCAUCCCUUGGGUCCCAGCUCCAGGACACCCAGGAGCUGCUUCAAGAAGAAACCCGGCAGAAACUCAAUGUGUCCACCAAGUUGCGCCAGCUGGAGGACGAGAGGAACAGCCUGCAGGACCAGCUGGACGAGGAGAUAGACGCCAAGCAGAACCUGGAGCGCCACAUCUCAACUCUGAACAUCCAGCUCUCCGAUUCGAAGAAGAAGCUACAGGACUUUGCCAGCACCGUGGAGGCCUUGGAAGAGGGCAAGAAGCGGUUCCAGAAGGAAAUCGAAGGCCUCACCCAGCAGUACGAAGAGAAGGCAGCUGCUUAUGACAAACUGGAAAAGACCAAGAACAGGCUUCAGCAGGAGCUGGACGACCUGGUCGUCGAUUUGGACAACCAGCGGCAACUGGUGUCCAACCUGGAAAAGAAGCAGAAGAAGUUUGAUCAGCUGCACGAGUACGAGACAGAACUGGAAGACGAGAGAAAGCAACGUGCCCUGGCAACGGCGGCCAAGAAGAAGCUGGAAGGGGACCUGAAGGACCUGGAGCUGCAGGCCGACUCGGCCAUCAAGGGCCGGGAGGAAGCCAUCAAGCAGCUGCGGAAACUGCAGGCCCAGAUGAAGGACUUCCAGAGAGAGCUGGAAGAUGCCCGUGCCUCCAGAGAUGAGAUCUUUGCCACCGCCAAAGAGAAUGAGAAGAAAGCCAAGAGCUUAGAAGCCGACCUCAUGCAGCUACAGGAGGAUCUGGCGGCGGCUGAGAGGGCUCGCAAACAGGCCGACUUGGAGAAGGAGGAACUGGCAGAGGAACUGACCAGCAGCGUCUCAGGAAGGAACACACUUCAGGACGAGAAGCGCCGCCUGGAGGCCCGGAUCGCGCAGCUGGAAGAGGAGCUGGAGGAGGAGCAAGGCAACAUGGAGGCCAUGAGUGACCGCGUGCGGAAGGCCACGCAGCAGGCCGAGCAGCUCAACAACGAACUGGCCACGGAGCGCAGCGCGGCCCAGAAGAACGAGAGCGCAAGGCAGCAGCUCGAGCGGCAGAACAAGGAGCUCCGAAGCAAGCUGCAAGAGAUGGAGGGGGCCGUCAGGUCCAAGUUCAAGUCCACCAUUGCGGCACUGGAGGCCAAGAUCGCGCAGCUGGAGGAGCAGGUGGAGCAGGAGGCCAGAGAGAAGCAGGCGGCCACCAAGUCGCUGAAGCAGAAGGACAAGAAGCUGAAGGAGGUCCUGCUGCAGGUGGAGGACGAGCGCAAGAUGGCGGAGCAGUACAAGGAGCAGGCAGAGAAAGGAAACGCCAAGGUCAAGCAACUCAAGAGGCAGCUGGAGGAGGCGGAGGAGGAGUCCCAGCGCAUCAAUGCCAACCGCAGGAAGCUGCAGCGGGAGCUGGAUGAAGCCACGGAGAGCAACGAGGCCAUGGGCCGCGAGGUGAACGCGCUCAAGAGCAAGCUCAGGUUCUCCCCCCUCACCAGCACUUAUGCGGCACCACUGUGUGCCAGGCACAUGAACAGGCCGCGGAUCCACCAGGGCCCUGCCUUGGAGCAGCGGACCCUCAGGAAAAGCAAACAGGCACACUGCCAUUUCGUGCUGGGCCUUGUCUGUCACCACAAGGAGCUGACCUCACUCGGUGCUGCCUGGGCCUGA